AUGGCAGCCCCAAAUUACUAUUGUUACGGCUACCUUGUAAUAAUUACUUGUGUUGUGUUGUCAGCGGCUCAGGUUAGAGCAGGCGAUGAUGAUAAAGCCGCGGGUUCACUCCUAGGAGGAAAGAAGUUGAUAAUAGGUGUUCCCAAGAAACCGGCCACCGGCUUCGUCCAGUUUGUGGACUUGGAACUCAAUUCAAGCAAUAAGAAUCAGGUCGUCAAAGCUACGGGCUUUUCCAUUGACGCCUUCGAAGCCGUAAUAGCUUACCGUAAGAGUUUACAUGACAAUAUUUCUUUCGAGUUCAGAGCUUUUGUAGACGAACAUGGAAACAGUGCUGGAAAUUAUGACGCACUCGUCUAUCAGAUUUUUGAAGGAAAGUAUGAUGCUGUGGUGGGAGAUGUGGCGAUUGUGGCAAAUCGAUCAAAGUACGUAGAUUUUACAUUACGAUAUAGACCGGCUGAUAUGAGGAUGCUCGUGAAGGUUCGUCAUGAUCCACGGUUGAAUAUGUGGAUUUUUGUACAACCUUUUACUUGGGAUCUGUGGUUUUCCAUAGCCAUCUCUAGUAUUUUUAUAGGAGGUAUCAUAGUCUUCCUGGAACGUCCAGUCGAUGAAGAUUCACCUUGCAGGAAACAACUCUGCAGUUCUGCUAUCCUGUGGCUCCCUGUAAUGCAAGCGGUCCUUCCUGAAAGAAAAUCAGUGGCCAAAGCAGGCUCUAGGUUUGUCUUGGUGUUAUGGCUGAUGUUAGCAUUUGUGCUGAUGCAAAGUUACACAGCACGCUUAUCAUCGAUUUUGACAAUUGAUAGUUCGAGGUUGAAGAAGUACUCCGGUAUUGAAGAGUACGAGGAGGCUUUGGACAAAGGAAGCCGUAAAGGGGGUGUGGAUGCUAUUUUUAAUGAAAUUUCCUACCUUAAGAUCAAUAUGGUUAUUCUAAUUAUGCCUUGGUCGAAACCAGGCACCGCAAUGAGGGAUAUGGCAUUCCCAAAAGGCUCCAACUUAACCUCCUACUUUUCUAGAGCCAUACUAAAUGUGAGAGAGAGUGAAGAAAUGGACAGGAUUGAGCAGGAAUAUUUUGGAAGCAACGAUAUCCACAAGGAAGGCAAAGAAGACAUAUCCAAUAAUGCAUCAGCAAACAAUGCAAAUCCCAGCCUUAGUGCUUAUAGUUUUGCAGAAUCUUCGAAGGCCAAGGAAACACAUAUACCAGUAGGGGUAGUUGUUGAUCUCAACUCCUCAAUUGGAAGAAUGGCCAUUCGCUGCAUGAAAAUGGCUCAUGAUGACUUCUACAAACGCUAUUCUCAUUACCAAACAAGGCUUGAUCUUCGAACCAGGGAUUCUCAGAAUGAUGUCGUCCAAGCAGCAUCUGCAGAUAAUAUAUUUUUAUCAGUUGCAGCCCUAAAAUCUUUCCAUUUGAUGACGAAUGAAAACGUGGAUGCAAUUACUGGACCUUUAUUUUCAGAACAAGCGAGGUUCGUAAUACAACUUGGGCACAAAUAUGAGCUGCCAUUGUUGAAAUGGCACGAAAUCAUCCCAAUCUACGAAGACACGGAGUAUGGCAAGGGUCUGAUCCCAUAUCUCACAGACGCAUUGGAAAAAGUUAACACACGAGUGCCUUACAGAAGGGCCAUCGAUCCAAAUUCUGAUGAAUAUGAACUUUUAAAGGAGCUGAAGGAGUUAAAUCAAAGUGGAAAAAGAAUAUUUCUUGUUCACAUGACUAAUCUUCUUGGGCCGAAAUUCUUCUCAGCUGUGAACAAGGCUGGAAUGAUGACGGAAGGGUAUGGGUGGAUAGUCACCGAUGGGUUAUCCAAUGUGUUAGACCCUUUGGGUCUGAAAGUGGUGGAUUCUAUGCAAGGUGUCUUAGGGGUAAGGCCAAGAAUGGAGAAGUCUAGAGGGCUUACAAUUUUCAGAAAUAGAUGGAAAGCUUCGUCAAUUAAAUCAGGUAGUGCGUCUUCUCCCUUAACCUUGUUUGGGCUUUGGGCUUAUGACACAGUUUGGGGGAUAGCCAUGGCAGCAGAGUCUAAAUUUGCAAAUCCCAAGGGUAAUGACACUCUUAUAGAUAGAAUCCUAGAUACUAAAUUCGAAGGUCUAUCUGGGAAUUUUAAAUUGAAUCAAGGACAACUCAAACCCUUAGGGCUUGAAGUAUUCAAUGUGGUAGGACGCAAAGAGAGGGUCAUUGGAUAUUGGAGCCCACAGAGAGGACUAUUCCAAGACAAUCACUUGAGUUCAAGAGAGAAACUAAUGCCACCUAUAUGGCCGGGGGACGCAAGAAAUCAACCAACCAAGUUGAGAAUUGGGGUCCCGGUAAGAAAGGGCUUUAAUGAAUUUUUGAAGGUGGAAACACGGUCAAAUAGUACUCCUCCAGAUGUUUCUGGCUUUACUAUUGAUGUGUUUAAAGAAGUGAUCAUUGCUUUACCUUUUCCUUUUCCAUAUGAGUUCCUCGCAUUCCAGAAGAAGAAAGGAGAAAGUACUGAGUCCUAUGAUGAGCUUGUUCUCCAAAUUGAGAAAAAGGUGUACGAUGCUGUGGUUGGGGACAUAACUAUUGUAGCUAAUCGUGCGGACCAUGUUGAUUUUACGUUGCCAUAUUCAGAAUCUGGCGUGUUAAUGGUAGUUUCGAUGAAGCACGAUGAGAGACAAAAUAUGUGGAUCUUCUUAAAGCCUUUGAGUCCAGGUCUUUGGCUGACCACAGGUGCAGCCUUUGUCCUCACAGGUAUCAUUAUAUGGCUUCACGAACGUCGUACAAACACAGAAUUUCAAGGAUCCCCACAGCAACAACUUGGCGUCAUGUUCUGGUUUUCUUUCUCCACCAUAGUCUUUGCUCAUAAGGAAAGAUUAGUGAACAAUUGGUCGCGUUUUCUGCUGAUCUUAUGGGUAUUUGUGGUGCUCAUCAUAACACAAAGUUACACUGCAAGUUUGGCUUCCAUGUUAACUGUACAAAGACUGCAGCCUAAGUUCAUGGAUGUGAAUGAGAUAAGAAAGAAUAAUUACUGUGUGGGGUAUAUGAAGGGGUCUUUUGUCAAAAUGCUUCUGAAGAAUCAAUUGGGAUUCAAGGAUGAGACGAAGUUGAAGCCGUACGAGACUCCUGAAGAAUAUGAUCGAGCUCUCGCUAGUGGUGAGGUUGCUGCCAUCUUUGAUGAAAUCCCUUACUUGAAGCUCUUCCUCUCAAAAUACGGCUCCAAGUAUGCUAGUGUGGGACCAACCUACAAAACUGGAGGUUUCGGCUUUGCAUUUCCCCUAAAAUCUCCGUUGGUGUCUUAUUUUUCGAGGGCAAUCCUAAAUGUGACUCAAGAUGAAGAAAAGUUCCAAAGGAUUAGGGGGAAGUACUUCUCCAGCGGAGUCACAUCCGAAGAUGAAUAUGGAUCAUCAAUCCCAAACAAUCCCGUGAGUCUUACUGUGUCCAGCUUUGGAGGGCUUUUCAUCAUCACAGGGGUCGCUUCUGGGAUUUCACUUCUGUUCUAUUUGUUUAAGUUUGGGUACUCUCGUUCAGAAGAAAGACUUCUUUGGUUGUUGCAGUUAAAGGCUCGAAUAGUGAAGUGCUUGAAACGAAAGAAUAGCUCUUUAGCUAUGAACAGAACUGAUUCCAGAGUACAUCCUGCAACUAGUAAUACUGUAGAGGGAGAUACAGCCAUAAUUACUGCGUACCCUCGCUGCUGAUAGAGUUUUGCCUCUUGAAUGAACAAGACCAGUUACUACAUGGAUUUGGAUCUUCGAAACUUACAAGUUUAUAUGAAAUAUAUGUGCUUCUGACUAUAACUAGAUAUCGGGCGAAAAGAAACAGAAUAAGUUUGAAGAAUUGAGUUUCAUACCAACUCGAUCUCCCUUGUAUUAUUUUUUUCAGUGUCUAGGAAAUGCUUCUACGAUAAUAAGAUAUCAUGCAAACUUAUGUACAUGUUAUAUAAAUACGAUAAUAUCUGAUAAAUAAGAUUAUGAAUUAGAACCUUGUA